AUGGCAAAUUUUGUCUAUCUGCACACCAUCUGCUUUGCCAGCACAGUUUUUGGGUCAAUCACGAAGCGUUGCUACUUCUGUCUCCGGUGUGCAUUACUAGAAUACAUCUUCUGUAGGCCGGAAUUGACGAAAAUGCUUGUGUCUACUGUUUGCCUCGAGGCCCUGAUCGAAGUGAUUAUGUAUGCCUUUUCCGGGGAAGCAGGUUCAUUUUGCCCAUUUCCACAUGUCGUAUCGCCUUCGAAGGGGCACGUUGAUGGCCCUCGACCCUUUGGCGAGGACAUCAAUGUUGUGCUAACAACUGAAGGUCUGCAUGUGUCCCAGAGAUUGAUGCCAAAUCGACGCAGUGAACAAGACUUUUACUUCUGA